CCUCACUAACUGGUUCUAGCCUAAACUUGCACAUCAGAUCGACCGAGGGUCGGCAUGAUGACGGGAUUUCAGGAAGAGUAAACUAGGUUUGACAUGACAUGACAUAAGCUCGGCAUAAUCUAGGUUCGGCGUGUCCUAGGUUUGAACCGGACCUGCGCACUCGGCCUGCGCCGCAUACAUGUCCCAAUCGGCGCUGAACCUCGUUCCUCCUCUCUCUGUCAAAUCGCCUCUUUUCUCCGUCAAUUCAUCUCUUUUCGCCGUCAAUUCUUCACCACAUCCAGCCAAGCCAAGUAACGCCUCAGUGCUGCAUCCACACUUCACGGAAUCCCCCCGUCAUCGUCAGAAUCGAAUCAAGCUCAAGAGGUCCGAAUCCGACCGCGAGGCCACACGCUGCGCGCCGAGCGUCGAGGUCCUUCCUGCUCGCUGUUUUCGGGUGCAUUGCCAUGCAACCCCACGGAAAAGCGGCCAUCGGAGAAAGAGCCAGAGCGAGCGAGCUAGUUCGCUCGUCUCCACUCCAACUGAUAAGCCUAAGGGUUUCGGCGGAGCUAGCAUUCGACGUUCAGACAAGCUUGAUUCCGUAGCGAACGAGUCGGCCUCGGAUGCACGAGACCCGGGUUCGAAUCCUGCUGUACUACCGUCACAGAACUCGUCCGAACAGGCCAGCAGAUUAGAACCAGCAACCUCGCAGCGAAUCUCAAGCUUAGAUCCGGUAUCCCCGCAGCCGUUUCCAAACUUAAGGCCAGCAAUUGCGCCUGAACCGCAGGCAGGGAAGGCUUCAGCAGUUACCGCCGGCAGCAGCAAUGGCGCUGUUCGUAGCAGUCGCGAGAGGCGCAAGAAGUGCGGGGGACUCAGUAGUGGCCACGGAAGGCGCGGCAACCUCGAGUCAGGCGCGGGAACGACCAGGCCUCGGAAUCUGGAAUCACUCGCAAGUAAGGGACAAGGGUUGAGCGCAGAUUCCAUCACUCCCGCUGCAACUUCCGCCACCCCCGCGCCUGGCGAUAUUGGCUUCCGCCCCUUGCGGACUGGACUGGGCAGCCGCAAGCGCAUGUCGCGGACUGUGACCAAUCGGGUGGCGAGGGCCGUCCACGCGCUGGUAUUGGCUGCUCGAACUGACAGUCAAUCCCCGCUGCUACUGGCUGUGAAGGCCAAUACCAGCGCGUCCAGGGCUCCAGAACUGACCCUCAUCUGUGACAGCCAAUCGGAGUCCAGGAUGGGGAAAGAGAGUCUGCGUGAGCUGCGGAGACUCAAGAAGCUUCCCGCCGCUUUCCUGCGAUCUGUUGCUGAAGAGCUGUGGCUUGUGCGGGAAUUCGAGCUGGCAGCAGAUGUUCUUGACUUGAUUCCACCUGCUACCUCCCUUGGCGCCGGAAAAUCAGGCGAUUCGGUUUCUUCUGCUCAUGACAGCAGCAAAAAACAGGCGGUCUCAAAACCCGUCCCUUCUGCUCACGACAAUGCCACUGAGCAGCAGAGGGCAGGUGGGCACCACAUGACAGGUGGCGCUCUGCGAUUGCACGCCCGAGUGGCUGCGGGCCUGGUGGCAGCGAAUCAUGUUGAGAGGGGGGUGCAGCUGAUUGGCCGGAUGCCUCGGGAGGAUCCUCCUGCAGGCAUGGCGGCUGACAGCGACGAAGCAGGCGCCGGGAGAACCCUCCAGAGGCCUCGGGAGGGUCCUCCCGCAGUCAUGGCAGGCGUAUCUACUUCCCUCAUAAGCCGAUCCAUAGGCAUGGAGGCUGCACCUGCUUUCCCCAGUGCGCCACCAGAGGAUUUUUCCAUUUCCCCUUUCCAAUCUGCCGAAGCAGCAAACGACUGUGCUUCAAUGGAGGGCAGCAGGGGCACAAGGCAGCCAGGGCCAUCUCUCACUCUUCCCACUCUGGGCCGGCUUCCCUUGGCGUUAUCCCCCACUGCAGAUCUGCUAGCCUCUCAGAUAUCAUGGCAGCUCAUGGUGCCAGCGCAGCCGGCAGAAAGACAGCAGCCUCUAGUUGGUCGCGCUUCUUCCUCCACUCCUUCCCACCCUUUCUCCACACCGUCUCCCGCUCUCUCCUACGCCCCGGGCUGUGCUCUGAUAGAGGCGUUCGGGGAGGUGGGUGUGGUGGAUGGGUCAGUUGCGGUGCUGCUGUGCAUGGGAUGGGGUUGGGAAGAAUCUCAACCCAACCGCAGCAGCAUCAUGGGAGGCGACCUGUCCCGCCACACUAGGUUGACUUGUGGGUCGAUUCAAAAGACAGCCACCUUGGGAAGCAGCUCGAGUGGUCCGGAAUCAGGUGAAGCGCGAGCAGCAGGAGAUAUCGAGGGACAGGACAGCAGACAGAGGGACGAGAACUCGCAACGAUCAAGCGGCAGAGAGCUGAGGAGUUCUGCUCUUGAGAACGGGAUUUCGCCUCAUUUUUCUUCUCCUCAGCCGUGUUCUCGGUCUCUAAAGAGGGAGGUGCAUGCAGUGCUGAUGCUCGCGGCCGCCCUUGCCCGCUGCAAUCGCCCGGACGAUGCCCUUGCACUGCUGCGCUUCGUGCUCCAAUCGGGAUCUGCCACGUGGCAGGCUGUGAGGGGGCAGGUGGCGGUGGUGGCGAGAGAGGCGGAGGAAGCGGUGUUGCGGGCGCUGGCGAGGGCGAAGCGGUGGGGGGAGAUAGAAGAAGUGGUCGGGGAGAUGAGCUGCUUGAAACAACAAGCAGCAGGAGGAGCAGAGGGAGCAGAAGCAGUGGCGACAAGGGAGGCGGAGGAGGCAGUGGCGCGGGUGCUGGCGAGGGAAAGGAGGUGGGGGGAGAUGGAAGAAGUGGUGGGGGAGAUGAGCUGCUUUAAAGCACAACAGCCUGUGGCAGAAGCAGCAGCAGAAGCAGCACCAGAAGCAACAGCAGAAGCAGCAGCAGCAGCAGAAGCGGAAUCAGAAGCAGCAUCAACACCACCACAAGCAGCAGCAGCAGCAGCAGCAGGAGGAGGAGGAGGAGGCGGAGCCGGAGGUGUAAACGAGUGGAGGAGAAGGGAGCUGCUUCUGAGAUCUGCCUGGGAGAGAGGCCAGUGUCAGCAGGUCGCAUCCAUGCUCCACAACAUGACUGAUGACGUGGCAGUUACUGCUGACGUGGCAUGCAGCAACAGCUCUAAGGUACUGCCAGCGCUUCCAUCCCCGCCAGCAACCACCAUGAACCUUGCAGUGCGCCUCUUGGGUGCUUCUGUCGUUCCGCAGCUAUUGCCGCCUUUGGUCCCACAGCUGCUGCCGGCAGCAAAUGCAAGUGCGGAGUCAGUAGUAGGCCAUGUCGCAGGAUUCAAAAUCUCCCUCAGCCUUGUCCACCAUCACCAGCACGCCCCAUCAGCAUCUGAUGGAGAGAGUCAAGUGCUGGCCCGUGCUUUUGCGGCUCUGCUCCGCCGCUAUGUCGCCGCGGUUAGCAGAGGCAACAGUGCUCGUGCUAGCAGCAGCAGCAGCGGGUUGCAGGUUGAUCUGCAUGGAUUGCACUCUGAAGCCGCUGCGGUGGUGCUGCUUGCCUGGCUUGGCGUCACGGCGAAAGGGAUAGCAGAAGGAGAGAACAACCAAGGUUCAAAGCAAGCAAGGCAUAGCAUCCAGUUAACUGAUAGAUAUUGGGGCUAUGCCAGUGUAAUAAGAGAGGCAGGGUCAUCUUCGUCAUUGGAACGGAAGCAUAGAGAAGGGGAGGGUACCGAAGAGCUCCCUGGUAGAGUUGCCAUUGUGACAGGAUGGGGGAAGCACAGUCGGAAGCAAGGAGCUUCUGCUGUAAGGAGUCGCGUGGAGAAGUUGUUGAUCGGCAUGAACUCCCCAUUUAGGUUCGAGAAAGGCAAUAAAGGGUUGCUGGUUGCGAGAUACUCUUCAUUGGUGAAGUGGAUGGAUGAAUGGUUUUCCUCGUUGGGAUGUAAUGUAAUGUAAUGGAGAAAGCAAUGAAAGAUGCAGGCUUUA